AUGAGGCUCCGCCCCGGCCUGAAACACAAUUUAACAGUGCUGCAGCACGCUCAUCUUUGCCAGAGGCUUUUUCAGCUCAAGGUUGACGAGGCCGGCGGGGUCGAGAGGACCGCCAAGGCCGAGAAGGCCGGCGGGUCUUUGUUUGGGUUGCCAGCGGGAGUGGUCCCGUUGAGCAACAACUCUUGCCAGACCGCCAUCAUCGCCAUGAUGCCGGACUUCAACGCGCACGACCUCGAUCCAACCUGGGCCGAGCCGAAAGCGGAGCGGGUGCAGGCAUUCUUCGACAACUUGUCAGAGAGGUAUAUUCGUGACGAGCCACUGCUCGUCCGCGACACCACUCGGGAAGAGCUGGCGUACAUCGCCGCCAGGGCGGAGGAGGCGGCACUUGCUAAGGAGGUCGGCAGCGUCGGCACCAUGGAGGACGAGGCCGACACGGCCGCAGAAGAGAAAGAGUUCGCCGAGUGGGCGGGGUCUGCCGGGGAAGCCAACGGCGCCGGUGCCGGGGCCCCCCUUGUUGAGGAAGCGGUCAAGGAGUCAGCCAAAGGGGAGACCGAGGCGGAUGACUCCUCGGCCCCAGGGAGGGAACACGUCCUGCGGCGGGCUAGCUCUGGCGAGCCGAUCCGGCCUGGCGGGACCACGCAGCGGCAACAGGCCCAGGCGCAGCCCGUGCGCCAGACGAGGGCCGCGGCAGUGAAGAAGGCAGCGGCCGCCGCCUCUUCCUCGUCCAAGCGGUGCAGGACUCCAUCCCCUUCUCCUCCUCUUUCGGAUGGCACCCCGGAGGCUGAUUUCGAUCUUGGGUCCGUCAGCCCGAAGAGGAGGAGGAGGCCGGCGGAGGAGGAUGACGACAUGGAGAUGCUGGUCCAGAGGGCGGCGAAGAGGGCCAAGGCCUCGACGGGCGACAAGCCCCCGGCGAGCACUCCGCGCACGCCGGUGUUGGUGGAGAUCAGCCCGGACAACAGCCCUCAACGCAGCCCCCGCUUCAUCCCCCAGCGAGGAGAGGGGCAACAGGAGGAGCCACUGAAGGCCGCCCCCGACACGCCGCCCCCGUUGACCACGCCACCCAGAGGGGCGUCCCCGGCAAGGGCACCCACCGCCGAGCCCAUGCGCAUGGAGGAAGGGGAGGCGAGCUUGGGUGCUGGUGGCUCCGUCCCAACAACGAAUGUUGGCGGGGAGGGAACCACUUCUUCCCAGCUCGGCACGGACCCUCCCUCGACGGACCAAGAGGACAUCGACACCGUCAUCGAGGAGGUCGCCAAGGAUGCCGAAGCCGAGGCCGCCAAGAUCGUGGCUGGGGAAGUCGCCAAGUCCGCCCCCGAGGAGGCCGCCAAGAUCGCGGCUUGGGAAGCCGCCAAGUCCACCGCCAAGGAGGCCGCCAAGGGGCUUGCCGGGGAGACCGGCGAGGCCGCUGCCGGGGAGGCCGCUCCCGCCCCGGGCAAGUACCUGAAGGUGGGCGACGACCUGUUCAUCCACCUCCCAGGGACGGUAAGCACCAGAGCGCUAGCCGAAGGGGAGGUGUUUGACGACGAGGCGCUCGCCACCGCCGGGCUCUAG